AUGUCAUUUACACCACCUCCCGAGACAUCCUCUGCAUACAAUUAUCAUCCGGGAAAGCCCUUUGGCAGCGACAGGGGCCAGCAAGGAGUUGGAAGCAGCAGACGAGCGCGGCAGGAACGCCGGGGAAGUUUAGACUCCUUUGAGCUGGAGUUUGAUGAUAGCUUGGACGCUGCGCUGGAGUCGUUACAGAUCAAGCGCAGCGCUUCGCAUGAGCGGCACUCCGGGAUCCGCGGAGCAGAAGAUUUUGAACUGAAGAGCAUGGGUCGCGUGGAUGACGGAGGGCAUUCCCCGUCAGGGGUGCUGACGAACCAGGACACGCAGCCGCUGAUUAGCCAAGAUUCGUGGGAUUAUGGGCAGGUAAAAAGGCUUCGGUCUGGCUGGUUGGGCCCGCAGUCGUCGUGGCAGCGACUGAAGUCGUGGGUUCUGCCCGGAGCAAAGGCGGGCGCGCCCUUACUCGGAGUUACGGCCACCUAUAGCUCCACGCAUUCCAUCGAGUUGACCGAUCAGCAUGUUGACCGAGAGAUCCACUUGGACACGACCCCCAUCUAUGAUAAACGGAAGUAUCCCACGAACGCAAUUUCGAACGCCAAGUACAACGCCAUUACGUUUCUACCUAUUGUGCUCUAUGAGCAGUUCAAGUUCUUCUUCAACCUAUAUUUUCUAUUGGUAUCCUUAUCACAGUCGAUUCCUGCAUUGAGGAUUGGCUACCUGUCGUCUUACAUUGUUCCGCUGGCCUUUGUGUUGGUAGUCACAAUGUCUAAAGAAGCGAUGGAUGAUAUUCAACGGCGUAGGCGCGACCGAGAGACCAAUAACGAACUUUACGAAGUGCUGAACAACUCCCAGCUAGUUCCCAGCAAAAAUCUGCGAGUCGGCGACUUGGUCAAGCUGCAUAAGGACUCUAGAAUUCCAGCGGACAUGAUUCUUCUCCAGAGCAGUGAGCCAAGUGGUGAGACCUUUGUCAAGACUGACCAGUUGGAUGGUGAGACCGAUUGGAAACUAAGAGUAGCCCCCUCCUUGACCCAGAACUUGACGCAAGACGAGAUGUUGACAAAGGUUCAUAUUACUGCAUCUGCGCCCGAGAAAUCGAUACAUAUGUUUACGGGCAAACUCACUUAUAAAGGCUCAUCUGCUCCUCUAUCGGUUGAUAACACGUUGUGGGCAAAUACUGUUCUGGCAUCUAGUGGAACCUGCGUGGCAUGUGUUAUCUACACGGGAACGGACACAAGACAGGCAAUGAACACCUCUAAAUCGUCUGUAAAAACGGGCCUCCUGGAACUUGAAAUCAAUAGCCUGUCCAAAAUUUUGUGCAUCUGCGUUUUUACACUUUCGAUUCUACUGGUAGUAAUCGGGGGUCUUGAUGAUGAUAAGUGGUAUGUGGACAUUAUGAGAUAUUUGAUAUUGUUUUCCACCAUUAUACCUGUAUCGUUAAGGGUGAACCUAGAUCUGGGGAAAUCAGUCUACGCUCGGCAAAUUGAGUCGGACAAAAGUAUUCCUGAUACCAUCGUUAGGACAAGCACCAUUCCGGAAGACCUGGGUAGAAUUGAGUACUUGCUAAGUGAUAAAACGGGAACUUUAACGCAAAAUGACAUGCAGUUGAGGAAGAUUCACUUGGGCACUGUUUCCUAUACAAUGGAAACAAUGGAUAUGGUAACUGAUUAUAUUCAGACCCUAACUUCUCCAGCAAAUAUGGGUGCCGCAGGUGUGGCCGUUACUGGCUCUAGGAAAGAAGUAUCACAACGGGUUCGGGAUCUCGUCGUUACUUUGGCCACUUGUCACAAUGUGACGCCAAAUUUUGAGGACAAUGAACUGGCCUAUCAAGCUGCAUCCCCUGACGAGAUUGCCAUUGUAAAAUUCACUGAACGAGUUGGCCUCUCAUUAUUUAAAAGGGAUCGGCAUUCAUUGACGCUAUUCCAUGAAUAUUCGGGCGUGAAUCUUCAAUAUGAUAUCUUACAUGUUUUCCCGUUUACCUCCGAUACGAAGAGAAUGGGCAUAAUUGUUCGUGAUCGAACAAAAAAUGAAAUUUGGUUCCUGCAGAAGGGAGCAGAUACUGUUAUGUCUAAAAUUGUCCAAAGUAAUGACUGGCUAGAAGAAGAAGUUAGCAACAUGGCUCGUGAAGGACUUAGAACUUUGGUCAUUGCUCGCAAGAAGCUUUCAACCCGUCUAUACGAGCAAUUUUCCAAGGAAUAUAAAGAUGCCUCUCUGUCGAUGCUAAACAGGGAUGAAGCUAUGAAUGAAGUGGUAAAGAGGCAUCUGGAACACAACCUUGAGCUGUUAGGAUUAACUGGUGUUGAAGAUAAAUUGCAAAAAGACGUCAAAACAUCUAUAGAAUUACUGCGUAAUGCAGGUGUUAAAAUAUGGAUGUUAACUGGGGAUAAAGUUGAAACAGCACGUUGUGUUUGUGUCAGUGCGAAGUUAAUUUCUCGAGGCCAGUACGUUCAUACAAUCACUAAAUUGACCAGAAGAGAUGGUGCGCUAAGCCGAUUAGAGUACCUUAAGGCCAACCGGAAUUCCUGUUUGCUGAUUGAUGGCGAUUCGCUCGCAAUAUACAUGAGUCAUUAUCGGGCUGAAUUCUUCGAAAUCGUUAUUUGUCUUCCUGUAGUUAUUGCAUGCCGUUGUACACCGCAACAAAAGGCUGAUGUCGCGCUCCUUAUCCGUGAGAUGACCGGUAAGAGGGUUUGUUGCAUAGGUGACGGUGGUAACGAUGUUAGUAUGAUUCAAUGUGCGGACGUGGGAGUGGGUAUUGUUGGUAAAGAAGGCAAACAAGCAUCUUUGGCAGCUGACUAUUCCAUAACACAGUUCUGUCAUUUGACAAAACUGUUGUUGUGGCAUGGAAGAAAUUCUUACAAACGAUCCGCAAAGUUAUCGCAGUUUGUUAUACACAGAGGGCUACUGAUAUCCGUCUGUCAAGCUGUCUAUUCCAUUUCAUCAAAUUUGAAACCAAUCGCUUUAUAUCAAGGCUGGUUAAUGGUUGGUUACGCUACUUGUUAUACCAUGGCGCCGGUCUUUUCGUUAACAUUGGAUCAUGACAUUGACGAGUCCCUAACAAAAACUUAUCCUGAACUCUAUAAGGAACUAACUGAGGGACGGUCGCUAUCAUAUAAGACUUUUUUUGUUUGGGUGAUUCUCUCAUUAUUUCAAGGUGCUGUAAUUCAAGGGUUUUCGCAGUUGUUCAUUGGCGUGGGGAGCGAGGUAUUUAAGAAAAUGGUUGCCCUAAGUUUUACCGCUUUAGUUAUUAACGAACUAAUAAUGGUAGCAUUGGAAAUAUACACUUGGAAUAAAACUAUGGCCAUAUCUGAGAUCGUAACUUUUGCAAUAUAUGUGCUAUCAAUUCCACUUUUGGGUGAAUAUUUUGAUCUAACUUCAAUGCUGGCUCUACCCUUCUUCAUUCAGCUGACGAUUAUUUUGACGGUAUCAAUAUUUCCUGUCUGGGCUGCUAAGACCAUCCAUAGAAGACUGAAGCCACCGAGCCAUGCAAAGGUGCAACAGUUUUCAGCAGUGUAA